AUGAUACUAGAUAAACCAAAAGGUACAAUUGAAUAUCGAAAACCUUCUACAUCUUCACCUUCACGAAGCAGAAGCAAGGGUCCACCUCUUCGAAGCAAACAAUCGGGAUACAGGCUAAAUGGUAGCUCCCCCGAUUCUCGAUUCAGCGAUCCUCCCGAAUCAGAAUCAUCGUCGAAGUAUUUAACGCGGCAACCAAGUACUUCAUAUCUUAGAGCAAAAUCCCCAUCACCAAGUUUAGCAAGGUCUUUAGCAAGUUCUAACUCUACUUUAUCUCCGUCACGGCAACCUCUUAUUUCGUCUAAGUCUAAUAAUAAUAUUAAUACUCUGGGUAAGCCCCGUUCACCCGUAAGAGUUCCCCCGGCAAAGUUUUCGCUAAUGCAACAAUUAAAACAUGAAGAUAGUGCAAUGCGGAUUGAUGGUAUUAUUAAUUUAGCACAUUCGAUAGAACGGAAAAUAGCACAGAGUACUCCUGAAAAACCAGGAAUUCAUCAGGAAUUGAGAAAAUCACCGAUACCGCCUGAUGAGGAAUUAAUACCAAUUUUACUGAAUUUAUUAAAUGAUAACACGCCAGAAGUUAUCACUAC